AUGCUGCUGCGGAGAUGCCGACUGCCGAGGCUGCUGCUGAUUUUGCUGCAGCUGGCACUGCUGGCUCUGGGGCUGUGUCUGGGGCUGAGGGAGGUCAAUGAGCAGGCAGCGCAAGCCGAGGCUGCGGCUAGGGAACUCCGUGACAAGGCCGCCCGCCGCGAGGCGGCACAGAGCAGCGCUGCGGCACGCGCUGCAGAGGGCGGCGAUGCGGCGACUCGCGCCGCAGCCGCAGUCGCCGUGGUCGCGCCCGCCGCGGUUGCGGAGGGACCUGCAUCUCCCAGCAGCAGUGACACCAGCAGCCCGACGCUGCGAGACCAUAUCCAGCCCGAUCAAAGACCCAAGGGCCAGCAGCAGCAGCAGCAGCAGCAGCAUGCGCAGCACGUGCAGCACCACGCCGCCGCAGGCGCCGCGCCCGCCGCCGCCGCCGACGCGUGCGCCCAGUGCGGCGCCGCCGCCGUCGGCGUGCGCAAGCUGCUCGUCUGCACGCGCUGCCGCUCCGCGCGCUACUGCAGCGACGCCUGCCAGCGCGCCGCGUGGCCGCGCCACAAGGCGCGCUGCACCGCAGCCAUGAAGGCGCGCCUCGCCGACGAGCGCGCCGCCGCCGCCGCGGCCGCCGCCGCUGCAGACAGCAAACGCACCUCCUCUUACAGCAAACGCACCUCCUCUUGUGGCGGCGCUGCCGACGGCGAGCAGCAGCAGCAGCUCAAGGACGAGGGCGUGCUGGAUGCGCUCGGCGGCCUCCUGCAGCGCCACGCCGACGCGCGGCCCGACGCGCUGCAGAAGCAGUUCGAGGCGGCCGUCGUGCAGUUCGUCCGCGGGGAGUACCGCCUCGCCGCCGCCGCGCUGACCGAGGCCGCGGCGCGCGCGCGCGCGGCCGGGCGGCUCGAGCUCGCGGGGGAUGCCAUGCGGUGGCUCGGCCACGCGCACAACCGCCUCGGCGCGCCGGGCCGCGCGGCGGCCGCGUUUGCCGAGGGCGCGGCCGUCGCGGCGCAGGUGCAGUCCAAGCGGCUGCAGGUGGACUGCCUGUCCGGACUGGGCAUGACGCACCGCGCGCAGCUGCAGCACGCGGAGGCCGUGUCGUUCCUGCGGCAGGCCCUGGCGGUGGCGGAGGUCAUGGAGGGGCCGGCGGCGGGGCCGGCGCGCGCGAGCGUGAUGACUAACCUGGGGUCAGCCCUGAUGGGGGUUGACCCGGAGGAGGCGGCGCGGCUGCUGCGGGAGGCGGUGGCGCUCAGGGAGGCGCAGGUGGUGGAGCUCCACAACGCCGGCGAGAAGAACGGCAUCGCCACCGCGAUCAUGGAGCACGCGUCCGCCCUGGUCAACCUCGCGGGCGCGCUGUACGUCGGCCGGCGGUACGGCGAGGCGCGGGACGCGUACAGCCAGAGCCUUGAGGUUUUCGAGCUGGUGGGGGACGGCGACAAGAUCGCCAAGGCCCUGGUCAACCUGGCAAAUCUGCACGAGUUGCAGCUCGAGGAGCCCGGGGCGCUCGAGGCCGCCGCCGGGUACCGCUCCCGGCUGUACGGCCUGGCCAAGAAGAUGAUCGACCGGGACCCCCCAGAAAGCUGCGCCAUCUGCAUGGAGGCCAUUGAGCCACUCAGCGCCAGCCGCCCCGCGGCGGCCGCCGCCGAGGCGGCGCAUGCGGCUGCUGGGGCCGGCGGCCGGGGCGGCGAGGCGGGGGCGGGCGCCGCGGCGGAGGGCGGCGACGCGGACGGCGCGGCGGCGGCGGAGGGCGCUGGGGAGGCGGACGGCGCAGCUGCGGCGGCUGAGGGCGCGGCGGCCGAGGGGGCAUCGGCUUCAGCCGACCAGGGCGCCGCGGCGGCGGACGGCGCUGCGGUGGACGACGUCAGAGAAAGCUCUGAGGGCGUCUCGGCAGAGGGCCCCGGUGCCGCCCCCGCGGACGGCGCCCCGGCCGCGGCUGCUGCGCCCGGGGGCGUGCCCAAGGCGGCCAAGGCGAACCGCCUGAUUGUGCUGGCGUGCCUCCACUGCUACCACCACGGCUGCUGGGACGCCUGGACAGACCGCAGUGAGAACGCCAGCUGCCCCUCCUGCAAGCAGCCAGUGCCGUUGUACUAG